CAGAAACUUUUUGCCGAAAUGAGGUUUCGGACGGCAUUGCCAAUCUUUGAACGAAAGUUCCCAACUUUCCUUGUUUAGAGGUUUGUCGUUCGCCGCUGUGCCUUUAUCAUAUGUAAAAAUAAUACUUACUGGCGCCUACCUUAAUACAUUUUUAGUGUCACAGCAGCAUAAAGUAUCGAUUUACACGCAAGUAAGUCGUUUACUCUUGUUACUUUUUCAAGUUGCCUGUGCUGUCUAAUGUGUUGGAGGUCGAACUGUGUUUAUCAUUCCUCUAACAUUUCGCCCGUUUUCAACGAUCUCCUCUUAUUUUGUUGAUGCAUCGCGUCCUUCAAAGUGAACAAGAGACCGAGAAGAGUUUUGCUUUCCAUCGAACCUAGCCAUUGCAUCGAUAAACACAAAGCAAAGGGAGCUAAACGCAAGACUUUGAAGAGGGACCACAGCUGACAUCUUGUCUACUGCUACUACUGUCUUCGUUGUUUGUUUUCUGUAACGAUGGGGCUGAUUUCCAAGGAAGAUCCAGUCAAGGGGCUUUUUAACGCCUCUUCAGCCGAAAGUCUUCACAUUCCCUCUGAGCCUCCGAGCGAAGACGAAUUGCCUCCCCCUGUUGCCCCGCCUGUUGUUCACCACUCAAAGGGUACCAAGUCGCGUGUCCCUCCCAUCCCGACCAAUUUCUUCCGCCUGCGCAAGGUUCUGGGCAAGAAGAAAUCCCGCAGGUACCAAGAUAGUUGCACCCUUAUGACGCUGGUAGAAGAGGAUGAGUUUGGUGAAGUAUCCAUCACGGAUCUUGUCCCGCACAAUGACUCUCAGUUUGCUCAUCUAUUGAAAGACAACGUCUCCAUGGCUAUGUGGAAUGAAUUCAUUGAAAGCAGCGAGGAAGCUCAGCAAUGUCUUUUGAUGCAGUUCGGCAACAGAGGAAAGGUUCAACGCAAGAGAGAUAAUAAGGGAGAGGUGCUUUCAGGGGAAGACGCAUUUCAAAACAUGGAUCGUAAUCUUCGCUCUUUUCUACGGAAAAGCAAAGUUCCUCUGGGACUGCUUAGUUAUCUGGAAGAGAGAGUGACUACUUUCUUCGUUGAAAAUCCCCUGGAAAUUUUUGUGUCUGAGAACAUGUCUAGUUAUGAGCGCCUAAUGCUGCAUGCCAUUUCUCAGUAUCAUCAACUGUUAUCACACAGUGUUGAUACCAAGGGCACAUCACCGGGAAGAUUUGUCAAAGUAAUUAAUCCACACCUCGAUUUCAGAGUUCCUGCAUUGUCAUUGGGAGAUUAUCUUGGUGUGACCAAAGACGUGUUAAAAUGUGAAGCUUAAAUUGAUAACUUUUUUGUCUUAUGAUUGAUGAAUUACCUACAAUGUGACAUGAAUUUUUGUUCUGUUUUUCCCCUGUAAUGCUUGCAUGUUAACGAAAUCAAACAUUGACCGAAGGUUAAAUACCUUUGAUAAUAAUAAUUAGUGUUGUUGGCUUGAAAACAAUAAUUAUGUUAUGUUAAUUUAAUUUUUGUUGUUAUUUUGCUCAGGAAAGAUCUCCUUAGUCUCGCUACAUUCUAGGUUUUUGUACUGUCAAAGAUUGGCAGUGGUUUCUUCAGUUUAAUUCAGUUGUGGAAGAGCACUGUACAUCCAAAAAUGUUUUGGUAAAAUUUCAAGUACAGGCAACAGCUUGGUUUUCAAUGGUUUAAUUUUGCUCUGGUGACCUCACUGAUUUGUCAUAAAAAAUCUGUUUUGGUAGACUUGUAUUCAACAGGGUUGAAUCACUUUUCCAAUGUUAUGAAGGGUAAUCCCUGUUUCUGUACAAUUGAGUCUGACUUUUUAAAAAAAUAUUUGUUAGGUUUUUUUUUCCUUUUUGUCUUUGUGUCAAUAACCAACCACUACUACUGUUUUCAAAAUGGGUGGUCAAGGCUUGGCCUGCAUUUUGUUUGUUUUUUAGGGUUUUUCUACCAUGCAGCUUUUUUGGUGCAAAUUGGUCUGAAUGGAUGUUAAUCCAUUAGCUCUAAAAUCAUGGAGACAUGAUUUACAUCUUUUGUGUACUUACAAUGUAAAUCGAAUAAAAUGAGAAAAUCUUCAUAA